UAUUUAUAUAUAUAUUAUUUAUAUUAUUCAUCCAAAAAUGGAUGAAAUAACAAGAAAUUAGUUCACUUAAAUGUAAUAAAUCUAUUAAUUUACCUUUAAUAGGAUAAAGAGCUUUUAUUCUGAUGUAUCUGAGCUGAAGUUAAUAAAGACAGAUGUGGAUUUCAGUCCAAGAUGGACAUACUUACGUUUGCAAGUAGGAAUAAAAAGGAAGGAAAUUUACUUACUCUGUUUUUAUGUUUUAUGUGCAAAGUUUUAUAUCUAUGUAACCAAACCGACUGAGGCGUGUCUCUGCUCCGAGCUUUUAGUUUUACGUUAAUCAUCCAAAGGGCGGUGGUUGUGCUGGGCGGUCGAUUCCUGGUGGAGGAGGACAAACUGGUCCUGUCACUCUGCUGCUGCACGUAGAGAGAAAUAAACUAUCACUAUCACUGUGCUCACGCUGUUAGUUAGUUAAUUAUGGCGGCGAAUGAAGCUCUCCUCCUCUGUUCUCUCCUGUGGAUCGUCUCCUCAGCAGAAGGGAAAGAGUUCACAGUCACCUGUCUGGCUUCAGAGGACUGCACGCUCCCCUGUCAGUUCCAAUCUGACGGCAGAGGUGCGAGGAUCAUGUGGUACAAGAAGAAAACCAUCGUGAGCUGCACGCGCUACGGCAACACCAGCUUUGUGGUCGGCCACAACUCACCGGCCGACAAGUACAAGGGAAGAACGGGCCUGUAUGCGGACCAGGUACUGGAGGGAAACGCCACACUGCUGCUGAGGAACGUCACGCCGAACGACCAGGGAAAAUACUUCUGCAUCACCAUGACUGCACCCCGCACCGACGAAUCUGGCAUCAUUUCUCUUGUUAUAAAAGCUCCGGUCCGAGAGAUCGACAUCGACUUCAGCGGCGAUGUGGUCACCUGUGCGGCCGAAGGCAUCUUCCCGGCUCCGACGCUCACCUGGUCUACAGAUCCUCCGGCUGACGCUCAACUCCUCCAGAACAAAACAAAGGCCCAGAAAAACAAAUACGGCUUCUACGACAUCCAGAGUUCACUGAGGCUGACAGGAAACAUCACCACAAAUCAUACUUAUGUUUGUAGUAUAACCAGUGACAGCAACAGAAAAACUGCUUUUCUGAAAGCAUCAGUCCUGGCCUCUGCAGGCAGCAGUGUGAAGAUUUCCUGCAGUUUGCCUCGCACCGUCCCUCAGAGCUUUAACGUCACCUGGAGGUUCAGACGCUCGCAUCCCAUCGUAUCGAUCAGUGUGGUGGAUCAGAGGUCGCAGGCGAAGGUCUGGGAUCAGUGGAAGCCUCGUGUCAUCACAAACUUCUCAGCAUCAGGCGGCCUGCAUCUGCACAGCCUGAAGUCAGAGCAUCAGGGAGCCUACACCUGUGAGGUCAACACACCUGAGGAAAUGUACGUCACCUGGACUGACGUCACAGUGACUGAAGAAUCAAAAACAUUCACCUACAUCAUGGUCAUCGCUGGACUGAGUUAUUUCCUGUUUUUGUCAUAUGUGACACUGGGGAUUCUCGGCUACAGAAUCAGACAGUUAGAGAGCGCCAGACGACAGGAGGAACAAACUGAUGGAACCUCUGUGAGUUUGACUGAAGCAGUGAACAGUGAAGUGACAGAAGAGUAAAAAGCAGGUGGUGAAAUGAAACAGAACUUUUGCUUUAAAAGAAAAUGUGUCACUGCAGCUGCAAAUAAUAAUAACUUCACUACUGUGAUUCAGACCUGCAAUUCUCUGUGAGUUACAUGAGCUAAUGUUAGCAGGGGUUAACGUGUUGUAUCUAUCAUUAAUUAUACUGUGACUGUGUAUCUUUAUAUUUCAGAAUAACAUUUUGAUUUUACUCUGUUAACAUAUGAACUGUUGGAGAUUUUUACUUUUGCAGCUCAAACUUUGUCAUGUGUCAUUUUAUGUAAAAUAAAAUUUGCUGUUUAACCGUUAAAUCUCCUGCUUCACUACUUCUCUUUGACACAAACCUUUCAUGGUGAUUAUUCCUAUAGAUUUGAGGGGGUCAUGUCACGUUUUCUGUGUAACUUUUCAACAUCUAAAAUAUCAGUUUCAGCUUCACAAAUCAAACCCAGUAUUAGUCUGGCUCUGUGUCUUCACAAGUGUCUGAAGAGGAGCUGAAACAACUCAUCAGAAUUUAAUACGCUGCCGGCAAUCUGUUCAGACCAGUCAGACAACACAGGCUGCCAAUGCACGAACAUUAUGCCUCUGCAGAGUGUUUUAAUACUGGAGGGCCGCCAGACCGACUGAUUAAUCGUUACUCUAUUAAAUGUAAAAAAUGCUCAUUUCAACUUCUCAGAGACGAGGUGAUGACCUCAAAUGUCUUGUUUUGUCUGAACAAAGGUCCAAACCAAGACUAAUUAAAUAAAUAUUCAGUUUGCGAUGAUUAUAAAGCAGAGAGAAGCAAUAAAUCUACAAAUCUGGGAGGCUGGAGCCAAAGAAUGCUUGAUAUUUUUUCACUUUUUACUUUUAACAAAUCAUUUAAAUGCAUAAUUCAGUUCUGAAAAUAAUUGCUGAUUAUUUUUGUUGAUAAAAAUAUGAAAAUCUGUCUCUUAUCUUCCCUGAAAAGUUGAUAUUUUGGACAUGUAUCCAUCCUGAAAUCUGUUUUCUACAGCGGUAUAUCAGGGCCGUUGAAGGUAGAAAUAAACAAAAGGAGAGAGGACAAUAGCGGAGCUGGAGGAGGGGGUCAUUUUUGAGAAGAAGAAUUAGGAAAGGAAAGGAAAAGGAAAACUUAGAGACAACAGAAGCAAAAAUAAAAUCAAAGAUGUCUGCUGAGUGUAAAUGUUUAUUCAAACCAAACAAAAAAAAAUAGUGAUAAAUUGGUUCCACUUCAAAUUUAAGUUAAGAAAAAACACACACAGCUACAAACCUGGAAAA